AUUCCCUAAUGCAGAGGUUCUUGACCCUUGACUAUGUAAUAGAAUCCGCUUCCCAGAGAUUCCAGUUGCAUUAUUGGAGAAGAGUGUAGGAAUAUAUAUUUUUAAAUACAGUGUGGUCCACAGACCAACAGAUUUGGAAUCACUAAAUGCAAAAUUUGUGCUUAUAAAAUACAGAAUUUUAGGCACCUCAAUAGACCUAUUCAGUCAAAACCAGCACUUAACAGGGCCCCUAGGGAGUUCAUGUAUAAAUUAAAUUUUUGGAAGCAUUGCCCUUUGUGAUUCUUAUGUGCAAUCCAGACUAACUCCUGAUUUACCAGGUGAAGAGGAUGAGGAUGUUGUUCAUGGAGCAGCUGAAGCUCAUAUUCCUGAUCUCUGGUAGCACCUGCAAGUGCUGACUCUCUGGUUUGUGAUUCCUAGUGAGACUUGUGACACCAGAGAAUGAUCUGCUCAUGUCUCAGGAAAGCAAAAUUCUAAGCAAUUAAGUGCAUGAAGCUUCACGUGAUGUUUUCCCUACUGCAACACCAGAACAUUAAGUCCAUGUGUAAAGAAAUAUUAAUGUAGCUCAAUUAAACGGCAUCAGCAAGGUGAAAAUCCUUGCAGUUUGGGCUCAGUUAUGUCUCUUUGAGGAAAGGAAUUUCGCAUGUCUCGUAUUCCUCCUUAAUUUUCCUAGCUCUGAGGCGUACCCUGAGGUGUGGGUGUCUGGAGAGUUGGCACGAGGUCUCAGGGGUAGGCAUUACCUUUAUUCCUUCCUCCUAACCCCAAAUUACUGAACAUCUCCAUCAGUUUUACUUUUUUUGCACAUUGCCAACACUCAGUCCUGUGGAUAGCAACACAAGGAAUAAGUGACGCUGGAUGUGGAUACUGGAUUAUCUGCUCUGGAUAAAGAGUAGAAUGGUUAAGGUAGUCAAAUAUUUUCCGUAAUUCUAAGGUUACAUCCAGGAGUUUUGUGAGAAAGUGUCAAAAACUAGUGAGUUUUUAUUCUCUGAGGGUUUAGUAGUAGAUACUUUAAUAUAACAUUAGUUUUCUGUCUUUAAAGUUGGAGGAAUGCAUGUCUCAUCCUUAAACACAGCCAAUAAAUAUUUCACAAAGUGAAACAUUGCCUACAUCCGGGCACUGUUCCAGGUUUGGCGCUGCUGCAGUCAUGACAGUAGACACGUUUACAAUUGCUAUAGUGAGAACAACUCUAAACAAAUAAUACCCCUGUGCACUGAGUGCUAUGAGGACAAACACAGGAUGCUGUGGAAACAUAGCAGUGCGUUCUCCUCUGGUCUGGGGGAAACAGAGGAUUUAGCUGAGUAAGUGGCUUGUAAUAUACCUGCUGGAUAAAUAAGGGCAAGCCAGAUGAAAAGGGAGCAGAAGGAGGAAGGUGCUAUGCAGGAGGAUCUGCAAGUGCAAAAGGACGGAGGCAAGAAAUUGUGACUUUUAAGUCCAGCAUUGGUAGAGAGUGGAGUGUGUGUCAUUACGGGGCAAGAUGAAGAUGUGGAUGCAGGCAAGGGUCAGAUCAUGAAGUGCCUUUUUGCCCUUGAAAGACCAUUUGCCCUUAUCUUAAGAGCAAUGAGAAUCCAUGAAGAUUUUUAAGAGUGUGGUGAUCAGAUUUUCAUCUUAGAAUGCCACACUUUGAAGAAAUUGAUGGAAGGUGAGCAUGGAAGCAGGGAGAUAAAUUAAGAGGCUGUUCCAAUACUACAGACAAGUUAUGAUGUUACCCUGGUCUGGGGUGUAGUGAGAGUUGAGACAGUAGUGGAUGAAUUAGAAAGAGAAUAAAGUGGGAGAAUCUGUAGGACUUGACGGACUGGGUGCUGAUAGUGCCAGAAAGGAGGGAAUGAAAGAAAACUCUUAGGUUUAUGACUUGAGCCUGCAUUUCUUUUCUGAGGCAUGAGAGAAUUGAAGGAGUGGGCAGGGCGAGCGCAGGAAUUCAUAUGGGAUCAGUUGAGCUGAAGAUGCUUGUGAUACUCCAUGGGAAGAUAAUCACUCAGGAAUUGGUGAUAGAGCUGUGAAAGUCAUAGAGGUUUACCCAUGAGAUUUAGAUGGUAAUUGAUGUCAUAGGAAUAGGCAGGUUCUGAUUUCAGGGAUGUGUAUGUAGAAUUAUGAGAGAACAGUGUUUAGGAAAAAGCCUAAGAAAACACCAGAAUAUAAGAUACUAUUGGAGAAGACACCAAUCAGAUUUAUUGAAAAUGAAUGGCAAGGAGAACCAGCAUGAGCACGUAGAAGAUACGAGAUUAGAGUGUUUUUGAAGGCAGGCAAGAGUUAAUAUUGUUGCAUGCUAAUUGAUGAGAAAUAAAGGAAAUAUCUGCAAAGCGGCUUGGAUUUAGAGAUGUAGUGUAUUUCUGGUUACAGAGAGUGUUGUUACAGAUAAUGAGGAUAAAAUCCGUUAUUGAAGAACCGCUAAUAGAUAUAUGCAUCACAGAAAUAUGUUCAUUUUUAUUCAGAUUUUUAAUGGAUACGAUUAUUUUCUGCUAAAGAAGCUGGACGCAAAACAUGAUGGGAAGAAAUAAAACUGUCAUCUCAGAGUUCCUCCUCCUGGGCCUGCCGAUUGCACCAGAACAUCAAAACCUGUUCUAUGCUCUGUUCCUGGCCAUGUAUCUUACCACCGUCCUGGGGAACCUCCUCAUAACUUUCUUGAUUCAAUUGGACUCUUACCUCCACACACCGAUGUAUUUCUUUCUCAGCAAUUUGUCAUUCUCUGACCUCUGCUUCUCUUCUGUGACUAUCCCCAAGUUGUUACAGACCAUGCAGAGCCAAGACCCAUCCAUCCCCUAUGCCGGCUGCCUGACCCAAAUGUAUUUCUUCCUCUUCUUUGCAGACCUGGAGAGCUUCCUCCUUGUGGCCAUGGCCUAUGACCGCUACGUGGCCAUCUGCUUCCCCCUGCGCUACACCACCAUCAUGAGCCCCAAGCUCUGUCUCUCCUUGGUGGUGUUGUCCUGGCUGCUGACCACGUUGCACGCCAUGCUGCACACCCUGCUCAUGGCCAGACUGUGUUUUUGUGGGGACAACGUGAUCCCCCACUUUUUCUGUGAUAUGUCUGCUCUGCUGAAGCUGUCCUGCUCUGACACGGGCAUUAAUGAGUUGGUGAUAUUUAUCAUGGGGGGGCUCAUUCUUGUCAUUCCGUUCCUACUCAUCGUCAUGUCCUAUGCACGGAUUGUCUCCUCCAUCCUCAGGGUCCCUUCUACUAGGGGUAUCCGCAAGGCUUUCUCUACCUGUGGCUCCCACCUCUCUGUGGUGUCACUGUUCUAUGGGACAGUAAUUGCUCUCUAUUUGUGCCCAUCAGCUAAAAAUUCUACUGUGAAGGAGACGGUCAUGGCUAUGAUGUACACUGUGGUGACCCCCAUGCUGAACCCCUUCAUCUACAGCCUGAGGAACAGAGACAUGAAGGGAGCCCUGGGAAGAGUCUUUUGGAAAAGGAAAACUCCCUUCUCUCUAUGUUGCUGAAGCUUGGGAUGUUCAUAUAAUUUAAUGCAAUAGACUGUUGAUAUUAAUAUUGGGAUAUUAACUCAGACGUCUUUUUUUUCCUAAUGAUCUUUUUACUAAAAUCACAUAGUAAGAAAUUUCCCAGCAAGCAAGUGAGAUAGAGUGGAAGUAUGGAGUUGAACUUGAAAAGGGGAUCUCAGGGACUUGCUAGCAGGGUCUCGCUCUUUGUUUUAGCUAGGUGAUGCCAAGAAGCAUCAUUUAAAAACUUUGAAUUGAUCUUUCUUUUCAAAUUGUUAAACAACUAAUUUAACAUUUUUAAAGAAAUCCCAAACCUGCUUUAAAUAAUCUUCUAUCCUCCCAGGUCUAUACUGUUUAAAACUCAACAAUUCUUACUCUUCAGGCUCUCUCUCCUAAACUAAGCUUUUAAUUAAAAAAUAAUAAUUUUUUUUUUUUUUUGGUCUCUUUAGGGCCGUACCCACAGCAAGUGGAGGUUUCCAGGCGAGGGGUCGAAUCAGAGCUGCAGCUUUAGGCCGACUCCACAGCCAGA